GGGGCCAGUCGGCAGGGAGCCGAUCCGGGUCUCGGCCCCUUAAGAUAAGAGCUACCGGAUGUGCCAGGCUGUUUCGGGGAGGCUGGAGGACACCGUCUUGAGCCCCAUGGCCAGCAGGGAGGAUCGGGCGCUGACCGUUCGCGGGGAAGGCUGCCGGGCUUUGCCCACUCCUGUGCCCGCCCGAAUCCGCGAGAUCGUGGCCGGCAGCCUGGGGGAUGAGCCACACCAAGCUCCCCCUGCAGGGGUGCGGGAGCCGCUGGCCGCCUCGGCCCGCCUGCAGGAGGAGAACGAGCUCCUGCAGCAGGAGCUGUGCCGGCUGGAGAGCCUGCUGGUCCAGGCGGGCGCUGAGCAGGACGAGCUGGCCAGCAGGUGCCACACGGCCAGCGAGCGGCUGCAGGCCCGUCUGGAGACCACCGAGGCCCGGUUGCGGAGGUCGGAGCUGGAGCACAGCGUGGACCUGGAGGAGGCCCUGGGCCGUUUGGAGGCCGCCGAGCAGAGGAGCUCUGGACUGGCGCAGGUGAACAACCUGCUGCGGCAACAGCUGGAGCACCUGAGGAGGGCGAACGACGGGCUGGCCGAGGAGCUGGCCAGGACGGCGGACGGCGUGCUCCACCUCCGGAGCCAGCUGGAGCUGAGGGAGGCGCAGCGCGGGACCGGGACACAGGGGCUCGGCAAAGGCUUCGACCUCCUCCUUCUGUGGAGACGGGCGACCGCGCUCCGGGCACAGCUGGCUGAGCUGCGCGCAGCCACGGACAGGGGGCUCGCGGACAUGCGAGCGGAGGCGGCCAGGACGGCCCGGCGCCUGCGCACAGCCUGCCUCAGCCUCGACUGCCACCUGCGGCUGUCGGCCCGCGGCGAGCCCGGCGCCCCGGAGCAGCAGGCCCUGCAGGCUUCGCGGCUGGAGCGGCAGCUCCGGGACAAGGUGCAGGAGAUGCUGCAGCUGCAGGGCCGCUGGGACGCCGAGAAGGUGGCGCUCCGGGCCAGGCUCUCGGAGCAGACGCUGCUGGUGGAGAAGCUCACGGAGCAGAGCUCCAAGCACGAGAGCACCAUCGCUUCCCUCAGGGCGGACCUCCAGGCCCGGGAGUCCCCGCGCGGUGGAGGCCAGAGGGCGGCGGGCGUCCUGGAGGAGGAAGCUGCGUCCCUGCGGCGCGUGUUGAGGAGAAUCGCAGAGGUGGCCCAGGCAGACGCGGGGGGCCCGCUGCUGGCGACGAGCCGCAGCGCCGAGGCCGAGGAGGCCGGGGGCCAGCUGAGGAGGCCCGCGUGCUCUGCGUCCCCACCCCCGGCGCGCUCCCCGGACACCCCGGAGGCGGCCCUGCAGGCCGUGCAGGUGGCCAUCGAGCGGCGGCGGCGGCGGGAGCAGGAGCUGCACCUGCAGCUGGAGUCGGCGGAGGCGCAGGCCGCCCGGCUCCGGGAGCAGCUGUCCGGGGACCGGCAGGAGCUGCAGGCAGCGCAGAGGCUCCUGCACGAGCUGCAGGCGCAGGCCCGGGAGGCACAGCAGCGCCCGGCGUGCGGCGAGCUCCUGCGGAGGGCUCCCGCCAUCCUUCAGGAACGGCCCCGGAGUCCCCCAAACGCCCUUCUGGCCACUUCCACGGGGCGGCCUGAGAGCCCUCCUGGGGGCUGCGGAUCCCGUGGCCUGAGAGAGAAAAGGGCCCUGGAGCCGGCGGUGGAGGAGAUGAGGGGGAAGGCGGAGAACGCGGAGCUGCAGGGGGGCGGCCUGCUUCGGGGGCGCCUGGAGCAGCUGGAGGAGAAGGUCUCGGGGCUCAGGAGGGAGCUGGUGUCCGCCCAGGAGGCGCUGCACUCGGCCCAGCUGCAGAGGGACGUUGUGGAGAGCGAGAGGGAGGGUCUGCGCAGGGCCCUGGCCCGGGCCGAGUCCAGCAACACUGACCUAGAACUGCUUGUGACCCGGCUGAAGUCAGAGGGAGUGGAGCAGAGGGACUCCCUGGCCAGGAUGGCUGCGCUGACGGAGGGGCUGGCUGAGGACAGAAGCCACCUGAGCCACCUGGUCCUGCAGCUGGAGCAGGAGCGGGACCAGCUGCGGGAGCAGCAGAAGGCGCUGGAGCAGGAGCAGGCGGGCGCACGGGAGCGGCUGGCGCAGGUGGAGCAGCAGCUGGAGCAGGUGCAGGUGCAGGCGGCCCGCCUCCAGCAGCAGGUGGGCCAGCUGCUCUGUGUGUGCGGUCACAUCCCGCUGUGGUUUUCCUCCGCCUUUCCUGGAUCACAAACGAUCUUGAGCGCACCGGAAGUUUGUGGACCUUCUUUUCUUGUCAAGUGUCUGUUCAAAUCUUUUGCCCAUUUUUAUUGUUUUUUUUUAUUAUUAUUAUUUUGUGGUUUGGUCGUCACAUGCAAGAAACAGGCGCUGGAGGAGCAGCUGGCCCAGAGCCUGCGGGACCAGGAGGCCCAGAUGGACACUCUGCAGAGGGCCCUGCAGGAGAAGGAGGCUUUGUCUGAGGAGCGGACCCAGCUGCUGGCCAAACAGGCGGCCCUGGAGAGGCAGGUCCAGCUCACAGCUGCGGAGGCAGCCGACCUCAGGGCCGAGAGGGACUCUCUGGAGAGCACCCUGCUUGACACCCAGCGGCUGUCGGGGCAGCUCCAGGCAGAGCGUGAGCAGCUGGAGGGCGAGACCCAGAGCCUGCGGCUGGCUCGGCAGACCCUGCAAGUGGAAAUGCAGCAGCUGAAAAGUGCCUGGGAGGUCCAGGAGACGAAGCUCCAGUGGGACGUGGGGCGGCUUCAGCGGCUAGUGGCCCAGCAGGAGCGGGAGGUGCAGCUGGCGCUGGAGAGCCAGGCACUGGCCCACCACGAGGACCUGGCGCGGCUCCAGAGGGACAAGGAGACGCUGAGUCUGUCUCUGACAGAGGAGAAGGAAGUGGCAGCUCGCCGGUUGGAAGAGGAGAAGAAGCUGGUAGCAAAGAAUGCAGCCAAGAGGGAGGCUCUGAAGGAGGAAAUUCAGACCCUGAAGCAUGAGAGGGAUGAGAGUCUCCUCCAGCUGGAACAGGAGAUGCAGCAGGCCCUGUCGCUGAAAGAAGCAGAGAGGAGGCUGCUGGAGGAGGAGCUGUCCCGGGCCUUGCAGGAGCUGGAACAGGUGCGGCAGGAGGCCCAGAGCCGGCACGAGCGAGCCGAGGCCGCCGUGGGCGCCGCUGAUGCGGAGCUGAAGACCCUGCAGGCCCAGUUUGAGGACGCGGUCGCUGCGCACCAGAGGGAGGCCGCGGCUCUGAGUGACAGUCUCCGGGAGGUGGCCGCAGAGCGAAGCGACACCAGGAGAGAAGCCGAGCGGCUGCAGGCCCAGCUGGACGAGGCCCGGGAGGCGCUGGCCGUGCUGCGCCGGGAGCUGCAGGGCCGCGAGGAGAGCGGCGAGGGGCUCCGCAGGGAGGCCCUGGAGGCCCGGCGGGCGCUGGCGGACGAGGCCCGUGAGAAGGACGUGCUGCGGCGCUCCAACGCUGAGCUGCGGGCCGCCAUCCGCAGGGCUGAGCAGGACCGGGCCAGCUUUCAGAGGGCCAAGGAAGAAGGGGAGCAGAAGCUGCUGGUGCUGGAGGAGGCCCGGGCCGCGGCGCAGAAGGAGGCCUGGGAGCUGCGGGCCAGUCUGAGGGAGGUGGAGCGGGCCGGGGCCGACGCCCGCCGGGGGCUCCAGGAGCUGGGCAGGCAGGUGAACAUGCUGGAGGCUGAGAACCGGAGGAAGAGCCAAGAGGUGAGCCAGCUGCAGGCCCGGGGCGCCCAGGACGCUGAACGGCAGCAGCAGAGCCAGCGGGAGGCGGCCCACGAGGGCACCCGGGGGGAGGUCCUGAGGCUGCGGCAGGAGCUGGCAGAGGUGGAGGCCGGCGCCGAGGCCCAGAAGCAGCAGCUGGAGGAGCGUCUGCGCCAGAGCCGCGGGGUCGAGCGGAGCCUCCGGGCUGAGCUGCGCUCGGUGUCCGGGAGGCUGCGGCAGGCCAGCGGCGCGGCGGAGGGUCUGCAGGCUCGCCUGGACGAGGCCCGCGGCCGGCUGGGCGGCCUGGAGCAGGAGCUGGCCCAGGCGGAGGCUGCCCGGCGGGACUCGGAGGGCCACCUGCGCCGGCUCUGGUCCACGCUCCGCUGCGGCCUGGGGCUCCAGGGACACGGCCCCCCAGGCUCCCCGAGCCGCCCGGCCUCCCGGGGAAAGGUCAGUGUCCUCGGCUCAGACAGCAGCCCGGGCCGCUCCCCGCGGCACAGGGCCAGCUCCCCCAGCCGGGCCGGCUCACCUCCCCGAGGGCCCUCGCCUGCACCCGGGGACCACAGCCCGGCGGUGGACGUGGCCUCCGUGCGAGACGCCCUGAGGGACUUUGUGCAGAGGCUGCGGGAUGCCCAGAGGGAGCGGGACGACUGGCACCUCCAGGUGCUGAGCCUGAGCCGCCAGCUGAGAGAGGCCGAGAGCGCGCGCGCCCAGGCCCAGAGCCACGCGGGGCAGCUGCAGACGGCGCUGGCAGAGGCGGAGGAAGCCUGGCGCCAGGCGGAGGGUGAGACGCGCACUGCCCAGGCGGCCCGCGCCCUGCAGGAGGAGGCGCUGCACAGGCUGGACGCGGAGCACCUGGCGAGCAGGCGGGCGGCAGGCCGGGAGAGGCGGAGGUUCCAGGAGCGACUGGACGCGCUGCACAGGGCGCUGGGUGAGAGCCGGAGGCACAGCCAGGGCCGGGCCCGGCGCUGGAAGGGGCCGCAGGAGCAGGCGGCCCGGCGGGAGGGCGCGCGGAGCCCUGGCGGCAGGGGAGGGGGGGGAGGGGCGCCCCCGGCGGCCGGGCAGGUGUUCGCACCUGGAGCCUCCCAGACGCCAUCCGACCGCCAGCGGACCGACGGGGAAACUGAGGCGGGAGGGAGCCCGACACCCUACGACACGGGGUCGGCUGUGGACACGCAGCCCAGCGGGGAGAGCCUGGAGGCCCCCGGCAGCCGCCUCCCCUCGGCGGGGCGGUGA